AUGACCAGUAGUAGCAGUCUUUUGACCAGCCCUGUUCACUGCAAGCAGACAUGUGCUUACCUGAACAAAAAUUCCAUGUCUGGCGCCCGGAAAACAGAGGCUCUCGAGGAAGCUGAGUCUUGCGUCUCGAGCCUCGAGGAUCCAAAAACCAUCACAGAGGAUGACAGGAAGAACAAGAGUAGUAAGACGGAGAAUAGAGACAAAAGAGAAGAAAUUGAAGAAGAUAGAGAAGAAGAAGAAGAAGCAGAUGAAGAAGACGAAGCUGAGAUUCGAGAAUCCUUCGCUAAUCCAGGCAGCAUCAGUGGCGUUGAGGCUUCUCCCGAGUACAGAGCCUCGAGCACCUUACUCUCCGUGGAAAACCUGAGAGGAAAACCUCUGCUUGACACGCAGAUUUGGGUAAAUGCUGGCAAUAGAUAUCUCCUUCCUGUUAAUCUUAACUCCGGCGUCACCCUUCGCUGGUGCUUCUCAGCCGAGCCUAAGAGUGUGUGCUUCGCCAUCCUGCAUCAACCGGAAGCCGAAGAGAAGUUCAAUGGAGCGAAAAACGACCAAGAGAGACACCAAGAGAGAGACCGAGAGAGAGACAGAGAGCAAGACCGAGAGAGAGACAGAGAGAGAGGCCAAGAAAGAAACCAAGAGAGACACCAAUUGAGAGACCAAGAAAACGACCAACCACCCGCCUCGUCCUCCACCUUUCCCUCGAUCGCCCCCUCUUCAUCCACUUUACCUCCAUCCUCCUCCACCUCCUCUACCUCCACCUCCUCCACCUCCCUCCACCGCGUCCUCAUCCCCACUACCCGUGUGGCCUCAGCACAGGGAACAGCCAGGAAGGGGAAACUCAGCACCAAACAACCAGCAGUCUACACUUUCCUCUUCGAUAAUUCUUAUGCCAGGUUGGUGUAG